CAAAACACAGCUGGUUGUAUGAUGUCGGCCACUAAUCGAUUGCUUGAAUAUCAAAGCGAAGGAACCGAAGAAAUAGUAAUCCGCAUUAAGUCAAACAGUCACAGAAAAAUGCCAAUUUGUGGGCCUAAAUUAUCAAGUUGCUGUUUUGUUUUGAGCAUAUGGGGUAUAAUAAUGCUGAUCCUCAUGGGUGUGUUCUUUCGGAUAGAGUCUGUGUCUUUACUAGAAGAUGUUCCAAGUGGACCUAAUGGAUAUAAUGAAGCCUCAAAGAACUGUUUUAUAGCAGCAGGAUUAUAUGGUUUGGUCUUUUUAUUCAGUGGGUAUCAAAAAAUUGCCAUUAACCGAGGUUAUUCACGAUUGUGAGUUAUCCAAGAUUUUUUUCACAAAGCAUGAUUUAUCAAUGGUCUUCGAAACAGCUGUCAUAUUUUGUUUUGGUCGAGCACGAUGAAAAUUACACAUUUUUUUUUUUUU